GGCUGGAUGACCUCAGCGCUGCACCCACAACACCACCACCGACACCGACCACAUCAGCACCCUCCACCCUGCUGCAGUAUAAAUCCUGCUGUCCAUCCUCCUGCCUCCACUCUCUGCACACUCAUCUGACUCCUCCUGCCUGAACUCACGCUGAGAAAAAGGUGAAAAGUCUAUGAGCACGAUGACCGACCUGGAGACCUCGAUGGCGACCAUCAUUGCCGUCUUUCAGAAGUACUCGGAGCGAGAAGGAGACAAACACAAGCUGAAGAAGAGCGAGCUGAAGGAUCUGCUGCACGACGAGCUACCGGAGCUGAUGGCGCAUGUGAAAGACCAGGGCACCCUGGACAGCCUGAUGGAGAGCCUGGACUCGGACGGAGACGCCGAGUGUGACUUCCAGGAGUUCAUGACAUUCAUCUCUGUGGUUACCGUCUGUUGCCACGAGUUCUUCGCGCACGAGGACGAGUAAAAGAGGAGGCGGAGGGGGAGCUACGGUAAAUUAAGGAGGAGAAGAAGAAGAAGAAGAAGAAGAAGAAGAGGGAGCCUAGCAACGCACAAACUCACGGUGCCUUCAGAGCGGUGGAGCAGGGUGGGAAAUUACAACGCCGGCCAGCAGCCAAAUGUUAGAGAUGGCUGGAGAGAGUCUGUUAGUCACUUAGGCUUUAAUCUACCUUUCUUUAAGUUCUGUUCCUCGAUAGAUAGACGGAUGAAUAGACGGAUAGAUGGAUCGUACAUGUUUGAGAGGUUUUAAAAUAGGCUUAAAAUUCAGUCUGCUUAGAAGCACAUCACGUUGACUAUCAAAUACUUAGAGAUAAGAGGAACAUUACUGUACCACAUGAACAGCUUUAGCUCGUUUUAUAAUCUGUUCCUGAAUUUAAAAGUCACAAAAGACGGCCGUAAGAUUGUUUUUCAUGGAUACUAAGUUUGUUAAGAAGCUUUUAAGUUUGCUCUUAAGUCUGUCACGUAGUUACAAAUAACCACUCCAAGGCGCAUGUGGAUGAAAACUUCUACUUUAGAAUUAGAAGAGUUUAGAAAUCUUUUUAAAAACAGCGAGACAUUAAAAUGAAUUUGUAAGUAAUUUAAAAGUCUUUUAGAUGACGAGUUAAAGCAGCAAAAUAACAGAUUUUUAAAGAGGAUUUCAUUUUAAAGAUGAGAUAGAGGUUUAUUUCUCUACUUAUUCAACACCCUGAUAGCAUAAAUCAACUAAUCAAACACUGCUUUUGGUUCUUAAGAAGUUAAGACGAUAAAUAAAGUCGUAUAAGAACUUUUAGCUCAUCCACAGCUACCUUUAAAUGUCAUUUCAACCGCCUCCAAUCAAAUCCUUAAAAAGCACCAUGGAUGGAAUAAGCGUAGCUAACACCAACUCGUCGCUACGUAACAACCACCUUGUGGCCGUAUGUGGUACUGCAGCUGUAUUACAACAAUUACAUUCUGACUGUUACAGCGUGAGAGGACGCAGAUAUGGGAGGAUUAAAGUCUGAUGUUAAAAUCUUUAAGUACUUUUAUUUCUCUGCUUCUUCUUCAGUAGAAACUUAAACCUGAUUAAUAUUAAAAAGCGCUCGCCUGAUCGACUCGAUGUGGUUUGUUAGUCAGAGAUAUAAGAUGUUAAUUUCCUCUUUUAAAGUCGUGUCCUCCUCCGUGUUUAGACAACAUGUAAUCAACACUUUUUUGACUCCUAACACGUUUCAGAUACGAAGUUAGCUGCUAGAAUAAUCACACAGUAGCCGUCAGCAUGUGAGUUUAGUUGAACUACAAUCUGAUCUGAAGGUGUAACUCUUCUUUUCAUGCAAAUAAAAAUCAAGUGUGUGUAAAGAUGUUCUGGCAGCGGGCGGAGGAGAGUUCGAUCAUGUGUUUUCUGACAUGUUGAUGACCGGGUUAUUUGGAUGUUGCUGAUAUGAAAUGAAUAAAAUCAUCAACGUGC